AUGAGUACUACAACGGGCGUCCUUCAGCUCACGGCAGCGUUCACAAUCUGGGGUUUCAUUCCCAUCUAUUGGAAGCAGCUCGAAUCGACGCCCGCGCUUCAGCUCGUGUGCCACCGCCUCGUCUGGUCUUGUCUCGUCCUCGUUCUCUGGCUGCUGUGCUUUGGCCAUCGCAAGGCCUUUCUGAGGGCAAUUGCCAGCCGCCGCGUCCUCGGUACGUACCUCCUCUCGAGUCUCUUCGUCACUGGCAAUUGGCUCAUCUGUAUUUGGGCCAUGAACACUGGCUACAUCGUCGAGGCGAGCCUCGGCGCGUUCAUCAACCCGCUCAUCUACGUCGCAUUCGGCGUUGUGCUCUUUCGCGAGCGCCUCUCCGCAUGGCAGUGGGCGGCCAUGGGGCUUGCGACAACAGGCCUUGGCGUCAUAGCCGUUGCGUACGGCAAGUUUCCGUGGAUCGCGCUGACCGUCGCAUUGACGUUUGCCUUGUACGGACUCGUCAAGAAGACCGCACCGCUCUCGUCGUUCUACGGCCUGGCCGUCGAGACGCUGCUUUUGAGCCCAUUGGCUCUGGUCUACUUGAUUGUGGUUGACGCCAAGGGAAUGAACCCCGCGUUUGACCACGGCAGUGCUGGAACCCACGUCUUGCUUGUUGGUGCCGGCGUUUUCACGAUCAUCCCGCUCCUCUUCUUCUCGUCCGGCGCCAAGACCGUGCCCAUGACGCUGCUGGGCGUGCUGCAGUACAUCACCCCCAGCCUCCAGUUCCUCGUUGGCACUUGCAUCUACCACGAAGAACUCUCGAUGGCCAAGCUCGCAGGCUUCAUCCUUGUGUGGAUGGCGCUCCUCGUGUAUACACUUGAAAACCGGUGCUGCCGAUCGCUGCCGCCCGCGGACACGGGCGAUUCGAAGGACGAGACGUCGUUCCAUAGUGUCUAG